AUGGUCUCCCACCUCAACGUCAUCGCCAACAUCCUGCAGGUCACAGCCGUCGACUCGGUCGCCCGGAAACAGCUCGGCGUCAGGACCCAAACCAACCUCGGCGUCCUGCCUUUCAGCCACAUCUACGGCCUCACCUUGGUGGCCCUGGUAGCCCACUACCGCGGCGACCAAGUCGUCGUGCUUCCCAAGUUCGAGCCAGCAACCUUCCUCGAUGCCAUCCAGCGCUUCAGCAUCGAGCAGUUGAGCGUCGUGCCGCCAAUGCUGAUACACAUCAUCACCAACAGAGAGGCCGUGUCCAAGCACGACCUGAGCAGCGUGCGAUUUGUCUAUUGCGGCGCGGCGCCCCUGGGAACAGAGGUCAUUGAAGGCAUCCUCAAGCUCUAUCCGAACUGGAACAUCGGCCAGGGCUACGGAAUGACCGAGGCCUCGCCCGUCGUAGUCUCAACCAGCGAGGUCGACCGCCUGGUCGGCUCGUCAGGCUGCCUCGUGCCCGGAUCCAAGGCCAAAGUCAUCGACGCAGACGGCAACCAAGUCACGGCCCACGAGACAAGAGGCGAGCUCUUCGUCCAGUCACCCUCCAUCGCCCUCGGCUACCUGCACAACGAAAAAGCAAACGCCGAGACGUUUGUCCACCACGAAGACGGCCGCUGGCUCAGGACGGGCGACGAAGUCCUCGUCAGAAAGUCGGCCCAGGGAACCGAACACUUUGUCAUUACCGAUCGAAUCAAAGAGCUCAUCAAAGUAAAGGUACCUACCUACAUCCUACCGACCUCCCUAUCCCACACGGCAGCAACGGAAAAAGACAGCCAAGCUAACACGGGUCCUCUUCUCCCCCCCCUUUGCCCGCAGGGCCACCAAGUCGCCCCCGCCGAACUCGAAGCGCACCUCCUCUCGCACCCCUUCGUGUCCGACUGCACCGUGAUACCCGUCCCGGACCUCCGCGCCGGCGAAGUCCCCAAAGCCUACGUCGUCAAGGCCCGCGAGUCGUCCGGCCGCCCCGACGCGGAAAUCGCCCUCGCCAUCCGCAAGCACGUCGAGGACCACAAGGCACGACACAAGUGGCUCAGGGGCGGGGUCGAGUUCAUCGACGCCAUCCCCAAGAGCCCCAGCGGCAAGAUACUCAGGCGCCUGCUAAAGGACAAGGAAAAGGAAAAGGCAACGCCCGCCAAGCUCUAA